CGACUACCAUCAACCGACUUGACCAUCUCCUCCCACCCUGCCGAUAGUCGGUGCCCCUUUGCAGCAUCCUCGGCGCCGAGAUGGGCAACGUUAGCAGCGUGCCCGAUGAGGGCGCACCUCUCUAUCUUAGAGAUCAGAAUCGCUUAUCUAUCUCUUCCGCUGUCAUAACUAGUCCGAAACGUCGUGCCCCAAUAAACAUCGUUCCGAAUGCAUUUCCGGCUACAAGAGUAUCAGCAUCGAGGACAUCUGGCGACUCUGCCCCGGUCGAGUUUGUGCUAGAUGCCGAGUCAACCAAUUCUGGUUCUGGUCCCGCCUUCCUACUGAAGCUCUCCAACGAAGAUGAGCUCGUCUUCACCUUUAGCUUCAUCAUUCGCCAGCCGCAGAAUGCUGCCCAGAGCUCAGCAGGUGGUGUUGAUGCGGUAGCUCCGGCGAACACCCAGCUCAACGGCCUCACCUUUGUAUUCGCGUCAACGCCCCGCGAAGUCGAGAACUUAGUGACUCGCGAGUUCCACGCCGACCCAAACCUUCACAAGAAUGCGAAUGUUGCUCUUGUCGGUAGCUACUCGACCGAAGGCAGCUCUUCCGUAACUUUCGAUUGGACAUGGCGCUGGAAACCGCCCAAACACACCGAGGACCGGGGCGGCGGCUGGAGGAAUACGUGCAGUUUUGUCGAAUACGACCAGCGGGCCCACCGGCUGAUAACCCUGGCCAGCUUCUCAUUCUAUGUCUCAAACACCUCACCCUAUCUGAGCCAGCCUAAUUCCCCUACCCCUCCACUCCUGAGCGCUCCUCCCAAGGUCCGCGUGGUGUCUGCACAAUCGCUCGAGUCUCAAAUUAGUACCAUCCCGGAACACGAGGAGAUCGUUUCACCCCAACAGACCAUCGGCGAUCCGAUCGGUUCGCCGCCAUCUGCGCCGCCAGCUCUAAAAGAGCCCAUCAAGGUGGAUGUUUCAUGCCCUCGACCGACAGAGGACAUGUCCAUGUCGGAUGAUGGGCCAGUGUUUCGGGCCACCAUGAAGGUUCUGGAACAGAAGACGGGCAAUAUGAGGAUGCAGAUGAAGCGAUUGAUCAAAAAGGCCGAGUACGUGCACCAGUCGCAGCAGGAGGCCAACGAUGCGUUUGCUUCCUUCAUGGACGCCCUAAAGGAGGUCUCGGCCACCAACGCAAAUGCCGUCCAGCCUGCCAUCGAGCACUACUUCGACAAGAUUGCGCGCGAGAUUCUGUUGUACGAGCGGCAAAACACCCUCAACUUGCAAAAGAUCGUCAUCGACCCGGUGAACAAGCUCUACCAGAUGGACAUCAAGCAGGCUGAGGCCAAGAAGCGAGACUUUGAAGAAGAGAGCAAGGAGUUUUAUUCAUACGUCAGCCGGUACCUCGGGCAGCGACACGAUUCCGUCAAGGCGAAGCAGAGCGACUCCAAGUACCAGUCAAAGCGCAGGAAUUUUGAGCUCAAGCGGUUCGACUAUUCGUCAUUUAUGCAGGACCUCUCGGGCGGUCGCAAGGAGCAAGAAGUUUUGUCGCACCUCACCAAAUAUGCGGAUGCGCAAGCUAGGUACUUUCUCCGCGCCUCGAAAAAGGUUGACGAGCUGCUCCCGCAACUGGAAGCGUUGUCCUCCCAGGUCCACGAAGCAGAUAAGGGGUAUCAAUACCAACGUGUCGAGCGGGAAGAGAAGAGAAGGCUCCUAGAGAAGGGCAGUCUCGCGUACACGGAACCCGAGCCGCCCUCUACCGCCUCGGGACCCAAUCCCGUUGCGGGCCACCCCAACGGCACCCAGUCGAACUCAGACACGGAGAUGGGGCGGGCGGACAGCACUGGGUCACAACUCAGGCCAACGCGCUCCAUCAACUCGAGCGGUUCACCCAGUGUUGGCGACUUGUCUAGAUCACCCGGCAGUCUCAGUGCUGUUGGCAGCCCGGUCCAGAGUAGCAAGUUCAAGGGCAUCCGUGAUCUGGAGGAGCGGGAUCCCAACCAGGCCGCACAAUCCGACAAGGAUUCUUCAAACAGGAAGGAAGGUCUGCUUUGGGCACUGAACCGCCCCGGGGGUCACGUCGACCCGCGGAACCUGAACAAGCAGGGCUGGCACAAAUUCUGGAUUGUCCUCGACCAAGGGAAGCUGUCUGAGUACAGCAACUGGAAGCAGAAGCUCGAUCUCCACAUGGAGCCUAUCGACCUCCGCCUUGCUUCGGUCCGGGAGGCCAGAAACGCAGACAGACGUUUUUGCUUUGAAGUCAUCACACCUCAGUAUAAGCGGGUCUACCAAGCAACAUCCGAAGAGGAUAUGAAUAGUUGGAUUAUGGCCAUCAACAAUGCACUACAGAGCGCCGUCGAGGGCCGAACGUUCAAGGACAAGCCAUCGACGGCUCACGCGGACCUGGGUUUCAACGGGGUCGAUAUCGGUUCCAUGCUGGUGGGCAAGAGCUCGUCUGUCGGCCACGCCAGUCAUUCGAGCGCCAUCCCCUUCCGACGAACAACCGUUGGCGCCCGGCCUAGCACUUCGCGCGGCAGCAGUUUCGAGGACAAGCCCGACAAGCUGCUGCAAAUGCUACGUGAGAACGACCAAGGCAACUGCUGGUGUGCCGACUGCGGGUCCAGCAAUAAAGUCGAGUGGGUUUCGCUCAACCUCGCCAUCAUCGUCUGUAUCGAGUGCAGCGGCAUCCACCGAUCCCUAGGAACACACGUCAGCAAAGUCCGGUCGCUUACACUUGACACGACGUCAUUUACGCCUGAUAUCAUUGAGCUGCUUCUCCUUGUCGGGAAUAGAGUGUCCAACAUGGUGUUCGAAGCCAGGCUAGACCCAGCCGGAAAACUCACGGCUCAGGCAAACCGGGAACAGAGACUGAGAUUCAUCAAUGCCAAGUACGUCGAGCGGGUGUACGUCGAGCCGAUCUCGGCGACGCUCUCGAGAUUUGGCACGCCAGAAGACACCCUGUUAGCCGGCAUCAAGCGCAACGAGAUCCAACAGAUUCUAUACGCCUUGGCCCUCCGCGCAAGCCCCAACGUGGCCGACAAAUCGCGCGGCACACACGCCGUUUACCUAGCCCUUGCAGCCGCAGACCCAGCACCGCCUUCGCCAAUGCCAUCGCAGGCGCUGGCUCCCCCGACCCCGACCGUCGACCGCGUGGUACCCUUCCCAGUCGCGGAGCUCCUCAUCCAAAACGGCGCCGAGAUCCCGGACGCGCUGCCCCAGGUCCCGCUCAGCCUGGCGGCGCAGGCGUACAUCGAGAUGAAGCGCGGGCGCAAGGCGGCCAUCGAGGCGUCGGGCUCGUACGACUCGCCGGGGACGACCACCGCCGCCGCCACGUCCAUGUCGAGCCAGAACGACAAGCUGCAGCGCGAGCGCGACGCGCGGCUACAGAAGCGCGUCAGCGCCGGCAGCAGGCUCGCCAAGACGCCCAUCCCGGAACGCUAGAGCGCGUUGGGGGUCGCGGUGGUGGCGUGCGGCAUGCCGGGGUUCUGGAGGGCGGGCAGUCGCCGGAGGGGGUUCUCGUCGUGAGGGAUGGAUGGCUAGCUGUCCGUCCCUUGUUCCCUUGUUGGUGGUUUCUCCCCUCUCCGCCGGGUUUUCGUGCCUCUUGGGGGGUGUAC